AAUGGGUUCUGACAUAACUAGCCGCCUAUUGUAAUUGUGAAGAAUGUAUCGUAGACCUCAGUUUGAUAGACUCAACCCUCGUAAUGUCCUACCUAGUCGGCACACCCUCUUUAUUAGAGGGCUUCCAGGAACGACAGAUGUAACUAAAGUGAAGGACUUCUUCUGUAAUGAAACAAAUUCCAGGUGCUCGGUGGAAUUUUUUUCUACCUCAGAAGAUAAGAAGAGAUUCUCAGUUGCCAUACGGUUUAAGUCCCACGAGAUUGCCAGCGAGAUGCUUCGUCGACACAACGGUAAAACAAUGUUUGGUUACCCUGUAGAGCUAACUUGGUUCAAGGACCUCAAAAAAGCUAGAGCAAAGAUGUAUGAAGAGCGGCGUCAGGUUAGACGCUUUCCUCCAAACCAACGGGGUUUCAGAGGCUUAGAAAAGAGUAUACCAUCUCCUGGAAACUAUGGUGAUGCUAGACGGAUCCGGACGGGCUCUUCCUCCUCAGGCGGUCGGGGGUAUAGAGAUAACGGCAGAGACCGUAGAAGCAUGGAUCGCAGAAGUGCGGAUCGUAGGAGCUUAGACCGUAGAAGCAUGGAUCGUAGAAGUACAGAUAGAAGAAGCACGGAACGCAGCACAGACAGAAGAAGCACGGAAAGGAGAAGUGUAUCAAGAAGUCGAUCAUUCACAGGGUCAUCGUCAAGGAGCGCUAGUAAUUCAGGCAGAUCUCGGUCAAGAUCAGUAUCUCGUACAAGGCAUUCUUUGCCUUCAAAUCCGGGGGAUUCAAUGCAUGCAAGUGAAUCUGAAUUUAAUGGUCACAUCUACGACGAUCGACGUGCCUCUCGCAACCUCUCUCGCCAUUCUCAUGAUCGAAGUAGUAGCAGUAGUCAAUCUUCAGAGGAGCGAAAGCGUCAAGGUUCGUCUAAACGUCGCUCGUCAAAUAGAAAUAAUGAACAAUAUGAUCAAAGUGCCGAUGAAAACUCAUCUCCAGAUUACCAAACUCGAAGAAACCAACAAGUUUCAAGGUCACCCUCAAUGAGCGAACGAAACCUUGCUUUCUCAAAUGCUCCUGCUCCUAAUCCGGAAGAUGGGUCUUCACUGGUAAGUGGACUAAUACAACUAAGACGCCAUGUUCGACAGGGUUUUGAACAGAUAUCUGUUCGAGGUGGCAGUUUUUCCAGAAGAACACGCCACUCUUCAGAAAAUUCAUCUUCAGGUGCCUCGGUCGCCAGUUCCAAUGGUGCUUUUGAUUCCCCUAGAAAUCGCAGUGGACGCAAACGGGUGCAUUCUAUUUCACCACCCUACAAUGACGUUCGUAAUCGUACCACCAAGUCCAAGACUGAAGCCGCUUCAAAUAGUGAUGAAAAGAACCAACCUUCAGUCGAAUCUCAGAAACGUAGAAAAACAAGGAUUACCCAUUCACCAGCCAACAACAGCACAGAAUCUCUCCCUGAGCCACCCCAUACUCGAAGUAAAACUCAAAGAACCAGUCUUCAAAAAACACCAAGAGUCGAAAACUCAACAACAAUACGUCAAACAAAUGCCGAUCGUAAACAGAGACCAAGUGCUGUCAAAGCAGAUAAAAAAUCUACAACUAAAGAUUCUCCCCCAACGAUUGAAAAAAGUACUUCGAAGAAUUCUCGACGCUCGGAUACUGCACGUUCUCCACUGUCUUUAACAUCACGUGCAACCAAACGUUGGCGAACUCCAGAAGAUGAAGUCAACGAUGACCAUCUCCAUAAAAAGGAAAAAUGGCCCUCAACUAUCAAUAAAUCGGCUAAGCUAAAGAAAAAGUCUGCCAUUUCAUCGGCAAAUAAUUCUAGCGAUAAUGAUCAUUCGGAUGCUUCGAAAGUUGAUGGUAAUCAAGUGACCAUCUCAAGAAAUAACAAUAUUAAAGCAAAAGAAUCUUUGAAACCGUUAAUUAAAAAGUCCAGUUCAUCCUCAAACACAUUUAUGAGAAUCAGCAGGACAAAAUUCCAACCACUUUCAAAUUUCUGCAGUCAAAUAUAUUAAUCAGUUGGAAAUUAACAAGAAUAUAUUAAAACCUCUGUUAUUGGUCAGUGCAUUUAACCAAAUAAAUAAACUAUAGUGGAUCCGAUACCUCAGAUAUAAUGGUUUAUGAACGGAUACUUUGGUCCUGAUGUCUGAUUAAAUAAAGUUUAUUUGUUUAUAAAUCAAGCUAGAUUCAUCUAUACUAAGAGGAAAAUCAAUGUAUAUGCAGCUUAUUAUCAGUACUUUCUUUUGUACUGCACUCAAUCGUACAUUAUAUAAAAUGCAAUAUAUAUGGGAAUUUUCAUUGAAAUAUUCAUUCGGUAACAAUCAGUCAGUUACCGUCGGCUCUGCAUCAUCUUUCAAUAAUGAAGAAAAUGAGUCAGGUGAUUGUUCAGAUGAUGUAAUGAAUCUGAUUCGUGAUCGUAAAGAUGCCCUGGCAGAGGAUUAUAAACGGGAUUGCGAGGCAUUCACUACAGUCGUUCGCAUGCUAAUAAGGUAAUUUUUAUUUGUGUCCGUAAUGUAUCCUUCUUCUUACGCUUAAAUCUAAUAUAAAUCUGUGCUUUGGCAAUUUUAGCAUUACAUGGCAAUAUUCUCUGCCUACGGAUAAGGGCUGAUUUCUUACCUUCAGAGUAUGGAACAGUGAAUUGAUUUAUAAAUAAUGGAUAUUAAUAUGAAUAAUUACGUUAGAUGCCAGCCAAUAUGUCUGAGACUCGUACGGUGCCUACCUGUUAACGGGCCACAUGCUGGUUGUGUAAUUUAAAUAUACACUCAACUACGCCUACAAUUCCAGUUGGCGUUUGCUCUUUUGUAGAAUGUUUUGAUUGGUCAGACAAUUGUUGAUUGGGUGCUUACUUUCAUCCUCGUUCGUGUUUUAUCGAACCUGGCAAUAAUGUAUAUUUUACCUCGAUUGGCUGAUGAUUUUCACAUUAUUCGUGUUGCUCGUUCUGAUGCUGCAAUUAUUGAAUUGUCGCCAUCCAUUGUCUACUUUAUGCAUUAAUCAUUUUAUUCUAAUGUCAAUGUGUAAAACUACUGUUUUCUACAAAAGUAAGUGGCUAGAUUCUUUUUUUAUUUUUCCUUACAUUGCGCAGUAGCUGUCUCUCCCUACGCCUGUAUAUCGCUAAUUAACAUGAGGCUAUACUUGUUACACUUGGUAAAUGAGAAGUUUCUGCACCAAUUGCUGGGUCUGUUUUAAUGAAGUUCUAUGAGGUUGAAUUCCAGUGCUCAAUCACCCUUUGCAAAGACGAUUCACUUAUAUUUUUUAAAACCCGUAAAGAAAGUCUGACAAUAAUCCGAAUUCUUGGCGAAUGCAAUUCGUAUUUUGAUUAUCAAAAACUGUUGAAUCUACCUAUGGUGUUUUAUGUUAGGCUCAUCAAAGUUACUAACACCUAUCACCCCUGUGAUAUGUGUGACCUACUAUGAACGGAUAUAUAUCUUACCAGUAUUGUUUGUCAUAUACUCAACUAAGUUAUGUCGAACAAUGUUAAGUUCGAUAUUUGGUGCACACAUUUGUUUACAUCUGGACAAAGUACGAGUACAUUGUUCAACACUGUUCUGCGUGAGCUUACUGAUGUGAGUCAUGGACUGUAAACCUAGAGAACGUGCUUGAAAUAAUUUGGUCAGUGUGGUCAGCAUUGGUAACCUGUGAUGGGAUUGAUGAACAAUCUUGAUUUUUAGGUGUAGUGUACUCUAUGCAAGUGAUCAAACGACCAAUAACUUUGUGGAUGUUAGGUUUUAUAUGUGGUCACAUUUGGUCAACCGUCUCCCACCUUGUUGCGCUAUGCUGAUGUCAGAGUAAAAGUGGGUUAGGAAAGAGGAACCAAGAAAUUAUGUGGAGCUACUAGCUACUAAUCCAAACUAUGUAAGGAAAUGCAGACUUCGUGAUUGGUUGCAGUUACCCACUUACUUUUAUUUUCUAUCCCCAUUUAAAACUUAGUCGUAUUAUUGCAACACAAGUCCUCUAAUUCUUUGGACUUUCACUUUUCUCAAUUUCUUCCAAUUCUUUGCUUUCCCUCUUGUUGAUUUCCUUUAAUGAUAUAUGACGAGACAAGAUGUGAUCUGCAACAUCUUUAACCAAUGCCUGUCUCAGAUCCUAUGUUCUUUCUGCUUGUCUACUUGUGUAUUUCAUAUUUUAGGAUAACAUUAACUUAUAUUGUAUGUGGAAAACUACAUGGCUGAAUAUCUCUUAGUGUUCAGUAUUCGAACUCUAAUAGUCUUAAUCAUCCUGUUUGUCAAGUUCCCAUCAUUUUUAUCAUUUGAGUUUCUCGUUGUUCCAGUGACGACAUUCAUACAACGGCCAUAUAUUUUCUCAUCCAACCUGAUAUACGACCCUUUGCAAGUUCAAUAACUUGUUUGUUUUAACGAAUUCAGAAUUUUUCCUUUUCUAGUGACCUGUUAUAAUGGUAAGAUUGUUAGAUAAAUAAAUGUUUAAAAUUUUUUUUACCAGAAAACUGACUUUACUUUACAUAUGGAUUAUUUCUCCCAUCUGAAAAGGUGUUAAUCUUUACUAUCUAUAUUUCAGCAAAGAUCAAGAUCUCGAAAGCCGUCUUAUGCCGAUGCUCAAAGAAAUCCUACAUGAAAGAGGCCAACGAUGCAUAGAGGAUUUGCGGACAUUUAUUUCAGAUCAUCAAGUCAAUGAAUCAAACAUAAAUGAAUUUAAAGAGAAAAAUCAUAUUGACUAGUUUUAAAACGACUUCUUUAAAGCUUGUGUAUAAUAAUUUCUCUUGUUUAUUCUCUUACGGCAUUUAGCUAAGUUUACAUUUCUCUGUAUGAAGAUCGUUGUUCCGUGGACAUUUAAGUUUGUGUAACUGACUGUUUCAUUGAUUAUAUUCUUCCAAAAAUACACAUGAUUUUCCGAUAAGCAGUAACAAUAUAGCUGUUUUUCUU